AUGAAAUCUGAAAUAGACGAGAUCAAUCAAGAGUAUGUUAAUGAUAAUACAACUAGGUCUGUUUUUCAAAUGGGAAAAACAGCAUCCAACACAAGUGAAAAAGGAUCAAGACUAGGAAUUGAUAGAGAAUUUGCAUAAUCUUAAAAUGGUGACAUUCGUACAGUACUGGCAUUUGACAUGUCCUAGGAAUUUAAAAGGCCUGCGAUUUUUUCCUUUUCAUCCUGCAUAGAGAAGGAGCCUUUAACGGCUACACAGUAUCAAGGAAGACAGAAGCCAAUCUCUCUUGAGCUGUCGUAAUCACAACUCCGUUUCCAAGCAUAUCCUGGUGAAUCGAAGUAGAUCAGUCCUGCGACCUGGGCCUGAUACAUAUAAAAAUGGUGGGAGCUCUGGUGUGGCCACCCAUAGUGGACGUUAAGCAGGACUCUACGUAUUUAGAUAUCUUUAAGUUAAGAUAGAGAGUUUGCAAAUGACUGUGCAAAAACCUUCUCAGAGCUCAAAGAACUUCGUAAAAAUGAAAAAAAGGAUAUUGCAAGAGCAUUAAAGGACAAAAUUGGAGAAGUGCCAAACAGGCUCGAAGUGAAGUAUGAAAACCCCGAAUGAUGGAUGAAAGAUCCUUUGUAACUGCUAUGCAGGAUGAAAACUUCAAAAGACUUGGAAAAGCGAAAUGUUUUAGAAUUGCGAGCUUCAUUAGGACUCGCUGCUCCAACAGAAGUCAAAGAGCUUUCCAAAAUCCCAUCAACCACUUACUUACAGUCUCCCAGAGCUAAAACAUUAGAAGAACUAAAAGCUAUGCGAAAAGAAGAAAUGCUGAAUCAAUUGCAUCAGAAAAUCGACUACAGCCACGCAUCAAGAGAAAAAAAAAUGAUAGAGCGAGAAAUGAAGAAUUUAUAUUACAUCCCUGAAGGGGUUGAAUUCCCAACAAUUCGUAAAAUAAAAGAAGACGUCAGGAUUCAAACUAAUGAACAUAAUAUUCAAACUUUUUCAAAUAAUACUAUAGGAGUUCAUGGGCAUGAGCUGCCAAAGUUUGCUGAAGCCCAAAAAGAUUAUUGGACUAUUCGUGACUCAUAUCAGCCAAACCCAAAAUUUUCAACGAGAACGUCUCUUAGAAUGUCACAAAGAAAUUGGGCAAAACCAGAUAUUUAUGAUGAGCCAAUAGAGCCUAAAACAGGAAAGAUAUUGCCUAGAUCUUUAUCUGAAGCAAAAGUUACAGAUAAGCCCAAUCAUAUUUGGCCGUUCCAAGUUUAUGCUCCAGUUGAAGGUGAUGAGCCAGAAAAUUCAAAGCCAAAGCAUAAAUAUCGGCUGAGCACAAUUGUAAAUUAUUUUCUGCAUAGUGCAGCCAAAAUGGGGAUCUCUCUAGCACCUUUGGGUGACCAGCCCGGCUUGCACAUGACUCAAGAAAUAAAAGAGUCAACGAAGACACAGAUCAUCCCUGCUGAAAGUGGCAGCCAAUUGCUAAACUCUCCUAUGCUUGGGAAAUCUCCAACGGUAGCAAUGGUAGGAAAGAAAUUUCCUUUAGCUAAAGUUCCAAAAUCUCCAAUUAGAUCCAAUGGGUUUAUAAAAUUUAAUAAUAUUGAUAAUUAG